CUUUCAUUUUUAAAGGAAGUUGGUGGAAAUAACUGAGAGACUGCAAUAGGUAGGGCUUGGUAGACAACCUACAGACACCCUCAACAGUUUCAGGUUUAGAGACAUCUUCCAUCAGCGUGGGCCCUGUCUCAUCUGAAGAGCAAUGGCUUCUGUACCUUCUGCGGGUUGCCUGCUGGCUAAAAAUCAGUACUAUCGAAAAUCCAGUAUUUCCUCAUUCAGUUCUUCCUGUGGCACCGACACAAUAAACUUCACUGACCAGGAAAAAGUCCAUUCAGGGCUGCCUGAUAUCUCUGAGACAUCCUGGUGGAUCAAAAGCUUUUUCUACUCCGAACCUGUUCUCCCAAAUAUCAGAAGAAAAGAUCUGACCUCUGGAAGCAUUAAUAGCUGAUUCUGGCAAGCAAACUGAG